AUGCAAAUACAUCAGAAGAGAUUCCUUCCCCAGGGCUCAGAGCAGAGCAGGCUCAGACAGGAGAGCAACAUGAUGAGGCUGCUUGUAUUGCUAGCUAUGCUUUACAGUGAAGUAAGCAGCGGCAUUGUGCUGCCAAAAAUGUAUGGGAGGAUCACGUCCCCCAACUUCCCAAAUGUCUACCCGAAUCACAAGGAGAGAAUCUGGAAUAUUACUGUACCCAAGGGAUAUUCUGUCCGCAUCUACUUCACCCAUUUCAACCUGGAGCUGUCCUACCUGUGUGAAUACGAUUAUGUGAAGCUGAGCUCUGGUGGGAGGACCUUGGCUACGCUGUGUGGAAAGGAUAGCACAGACACUGAGGAGGCUCCGGGCAACAAGACAUAUGUCUCCAUUGACAACAACCUCAUGGUAGCGUUUCGGUCUGAUUACUCCAAUGAGAAACCGUUCACAGGCUUUGAGGCCUUCUAUGCUGCUGAAGAUAUCGAUGAGUGCAAACAGCUAUUUGAUGGUGAACCCCUCUGCAAUCAUCACUGUCACAACUACAUGGGGGGCUACUAUUGCAGCUGUCGGAUUGGCUACACACUGCAUGAAAACAAGAGGACGUGCACAGCUCUGUGCAGAGGCGUGGUUUUUACUGAAAGAAUUGGAGAAGUCACCAGCCCUGACUAUCCAACACCUUAUCCCGCGCUCAGCUCCUGCAGCUACAGUAUCCAGGUAGAAGAUGGCUUCCUGAUCACGCUGGAAUUCAUGGAAACCUUUAAUGUGGAGACAUACCCAGGAGUAUUGUGCCCCUGUGAUGUCCUUAAGGUAAGGUGAGGUUAAAACACCAAAAAGCAAUUUGGCCCAUUUUGUGGAAGGACUUUGCCUGCAAAAAUUGAGACACAGGUUAGUGGUAUUACUUUCAUAACUGCUAUCUCGGGAGCAGACACUGGGUGGAAGAUGGAAUACAUGGCAACAGGUUUGCCAUGUCCCAGUCCUGAAGCACCACCCCAUGGUCACAUCGCACCAGUGCAAGCGUGAUACAUUCUGGCUGACCAUGUGCUCUCUUGUGACACCGGGUAUGUGCUACUUGAAAAUUAAAAUGUUGUGAAGUCUUUUGUAGUGAAAUGUCAAAAGAAUGGUUCUUGGAACAAACCAAUGGCAAAGUGCAUCAUUGCUGACCGCGGGCAACUUGCAGACAUAGACAGUGGUGCUGUUACAUAUGUUAUGGGGCCUGAGAAGACCACCUACAAUGCUGAAAUUCAGUACCAGUGUGAAGCCCCCUUCUACCCCAUGAAGGCUAAUAAUAAUGAUGCAGAUAGAUAUAUAUGCAGUGAUGAUGGAUACUGGAAAAACUCCAAAGGAGAAAUAACCCCUCCUGUCUGUGAACCAGUUUGUGGAACACGGAGAAGUGGAACUGUGGCAUGUAUAUAUGGAGGAAGGCGAGCCAAGCCUGGAGAAUUUCCCUGGCAAGUGAUGUUAAUUACAGAGCAAGGAGGAUGAGGAGAUAGUGCUGUGGAUUCUUGUAAGACUGCAGCUUUUGAAGGAACGCACGUCCAGUGAAAGCAUGCAAGAGCAUCCAGGUACCUUACCCCACUCCCUCAGGUAUGGUGGUCGUUGAAGAAUCCCAGCUGCA